AUGGCGUCAGCUAUGCCCUUGGCUAUGGCACGUUACACUAUCGCCUGCAUCCUAGGAGACAGCUCGGGAUCCUGGUCCGAGUCACCAUCAGCGCCCAAAGGCUCCUCCCCCUGGAAAGGAGAAUCCUCCUGGGGAACAGCUUCCUGGGCUGGUUCUUGUUCAGGGAACCAAGAAUUGGCAGCUGUUACUCCUCACACAAAAGCCAUUCAGAAGCCCCAGAGGACAAAUGACCUCUCACUCUCAUCUUAUGAUAUGGCAGGAGUAGUACGUUUUAUUUUCAAUAUUCAAACAGUCAAUAAAAAUCACAAGCUCCUGCACAAUCUCACACUUGGCUACAACAUUCAUGAUAACUAUUUGAGUGAAUUAGGCACUUCAGAGGCCUUGCUGGACAUGCUCUCUACUGGAGAAGCUAAUAUUCCCAACUACAGCUGCGGAAGGAAAGACAACCUUUUGGCUCUUGUUGAUGGGGCUGACAGGGACAUCGCCGUCCAGAUAUCAACAUUAGUAGGUCCCUACAAAAUCCUACAGGGACGGAGAAGAUGCAUUGAAAAAGCACCACUGAAGACUCAAGAGAAAAGGAACAGGAUCUGGAUCAGAAAUUAUGAACAUUAUUACACUAUCAUUAAGACUCUGGCCUACACCUUGAAUGCUGCAUAUGCCUUAAGAUCUAGAAGGAGAAGGAAAGAGACUGAAGAGAGUUUGGAUGCUCCAAGACUGCAGCCAUGGCAGUUCUAUCCCUUUCUGGAGAAGAAUGGAUUUUGGAAUCUUUCUGAGAUGGAACUCUACUUUGACCAAAAUGGAGAUGUAGCUGCAGAUCUGGGCAUUGAAAGCUGGAUGUUGCUCCCCAAGAAGGGCUUCGGGAGACCGGAAGAUAAAUAUCCAAAUGAGGACCGAGUACAAUGUAUCCCCAAAGUUAUAAUCUUCCUGUCUUAUGAAGAAUAUCUUGGGAUCAUUCUGGUCUCCUUUGUGCUACUUUUCUUCCUAACCACAGGCCUUGUUUUAGUCAUAUUCAUUCAAUACCGAGAAACACCCAUUGUCAAAGCCAACAACAGGGACCUCUCUUACAUCUUCCUGGUCUCCCUCCUGCUUUGUUUCUUGUCUUCUUUUCUCUUCAUUGGUCAACCAAGAAAAAACACUUGCCUUCUCCGACAGACAGUGUUCAGUAUUAUGUUCUCAGUUUCCAUUUCUUCUCUCUUAGCCAAAACAAUCAUGGUGGUGCUGGCUUUCCUGGCUAAGAAACCAGGAAACCGAGUAAAAAGAUGGUUGGGGAAGAGCUUGGCUAACUCCAUGAUCCUUUCUUGUUCUGCUGUCCAAAUUAUCAUCUGCUUCUUCUGGCUACGAGUCUCUCCCCCAUUCCCUGAUUCUGACUUUCACUCCCAGCCUGGAGUGAGCAUCUUGCAAUGCAAUGAAGGCUCUGUUUGCAUGUUCUACAUCACACUCGGCUACAUGGGCUUCUUGGCUUCCCUUUGCUUCACAGUGGCUUUCCUGGCCAGGAAUCUGCCUGGGGCCUUCAAUGAAGCCAAGUUGAUCACCUUCAGCAUGCUGAUCUUCUGCAGUGUCUGGAUGACCUUUGUACCAACCUACCUGAGCACCAAAGGGAAAUACGUGGUGGCCGUGCAGGUUUUCUCCAUCUUGGCCUCUGGUGCUGGGUUGCUGGGCUGCAUCUUUAUCCCCAAGUGUUACAUUAUCAUUGUGAGGCCAGACCUGAAUAUAAAGGAGCAGCUUACAACCAGAAGAGAUAUGUAA